GCAAUUGAUGCGGUUGAAAAAACGGUGGUCGAACUACGCGAAGCCGGGGCCAUUACGCCGGACGUGGAAAUGCAAUUGGCAGGUUCCGCAGGGCAGUUGUCGCAGAUUCGCGAAGCAUUGAUGGGAGAUGGAACCAUUAUGGGGACGAUCUUCAGCUCGCUGUUUCUCGCCUUGGUGAUUGUCUAUCUGCUAAUGGUGGUGCUGUUCCAAAGCUGGACUUAUCCGUUGGUGAUUAUGGUGAGCGUGCCGCUGGCGCUUUUGGGCGGCUUUGCCGGCUUGGCUUUGGUGCAUCAUUGGAGCGAAAUCGACCGUUACAUGCCGAUCCAAAACAUGGACGUGCUGACGAUUCUCGGCUUUGUGAUUCUCGCUGGCGUGGUGGUGAACAACGCGAUCCUGAUCGUUUACCAGACGAUCAACUUCCUCGGCGGGCGAAGUGAAGAAGGUGAGGACGUCAGCGAUUUGACGCCACGCGAGGCGAUCUCGAAGAGUGUCGAAAGUCGCGUUCGACCGAUCUUGAUGAGCACGCUGACUUCGGUCGGUGGUAUGCUGCCGCUGGUGCUGAUGCCUGGCUCUGGAAGCGAACUUUAUCGAGGUCUUGGGGCAGUAGUUGUCGGUGGCCUGGUCGUCUCGACCGUAUUCACGAUGUUCCUUGUCCCAGUCUUGCUGAGCGUUCUGUUCGAUAUCUGGAAGCCUCAGCCAGUCGAGAUGGACAUCUAG